AUGACCUCUAAUCCUGUAUCCCCUCUUGAAUGGAAGCAAUGCUUUGGGCUUCCAGGGAAGAAUGAAAUGUGGCAGCCCAAAGUGGUUUUCAACACAUUAAGCUUAUACAGAUGGAAGAGUGGAAAAUACUUGAGGGCCUCACAUCAUUGUCCCAGCAACUCACAAAUCACAGACAAGAGGGGAAAAGAAAUCUAUGCCGAGGUGAAGCUCUAUGCUGUAUCUGUAAUCCGCUUCUUCUUUGUGGUAGCAGAGGUUGUGGGUGGACACAUUAUUGGGAACCUUGAGGUAGUUACUGAUGCAGCCCACCUCUUGCUUGACUUGACAAACUUUUGGCUUGGCCUCUCUUCUCAGUGGCUAUCUUCAAAAUCUCCUUUCAAAAGGCUGACCUUUGGGUGGCAAUGCAUGGAAAUUCUUGGUGCCCUGCUGUCCAUCUUCUCCAUUUGGGUGGUGACUGGUGUGCUGCUGUAUUUAGCUUCUGAGCAACUGUUAUAUCUCAAUGAUCAGAUCAAGACAACAAUCAUGCUCAUCACAUUUGGCUGUGUAGUAGUAGCUGACAUUGACUUUGGAGAAAUGAUGAGCAGGAGUUCAGAGAAACCUGGAAAGACUUGGCCAGAGCACAAACUAGUUGACUCUAUCUGCACAUUUAUCUUCUUACUCCUUUUGGUAAACACCAUCACCAUCUCAAAGGAUAUCUUGCUCUUGCUCAUAUAAGGGAUGCCAAAGGGAAUGAAUUCCAAUGCUGUCAAAGAAAAUAUCUUGGCUAUGGAUAGGGUAGACACUGUGUACAACCUUCACCUCUGGCCUUUCACAAUGAACAAAGUACUUCUCUCUGCUUGUGUUGCCACAGGUCAGGGAGCUUAUCUAAACAGAGAACAAAUGUUCAAUUCACAUUCUGGAAAGUUGAUUAUGGAAGUGCUUGGCAACAGCUUUGCUCUUCACUCAGUUACCAUUCAGAUAGAAUCAAAAGCAGACCAGGAACCAGACUGUAUCUUCUAUCGAGACCCCGAGGACUAG